AUGCCUGGAGACGAGACACUUCAGAAAAACCUUGACGAGUCCGACUCAGAAGAGGAGGAGGAGGAAGAGGCGAUCCCAAUAGUAGAAUUCGAUGCAACGAAACUGACACCCUUGUCGCCUGAGGUCAUCUCAAAGCAAGCUACAAUCAACCUGGGGACGAUCGGGCAUGUCGCGCACGGAAAAUCAACGGUGGUGAAGGCGAUAUCAGGGGUCAUGACCGUUCGAUUUAAGAACGAGUUAGUCAGGAAUAUCACGAUCAAGCUCGGUUAUGCCAAUGCCAAGAUCUACAAGUGCGAAAAUGACGCCUGCCCCAGGCCAGGAUGCUACCGCUCCUAUCGAUCGGACAAGGAGGAUAACCCUCCUUGUGAACGUCCAGGCUGCGGUCACCGAAUGAAGCUCGUCCGCCAUGUCUCAUUUGUCGACUGUCCCGGGCACGACAUUCUCAUGGCCACCAUGCUGAACGGUGCCGCAGUCAUGGACGCUGCGUUGCUGCUGAUUGCCGCCAAUGAAACAUGCCCACAACCUCAGACGUCAGAGCAUUUGGCCGCCGUCGAGAUCAUGAAGCUGGAGCAUCUCAUCAUCUUACAAAAUAAGGUGGAUUUGAUCAAACAGCCGCAGGCACUAGAGCAUCAGAAGAGUAUUACUGCGUUCGUGAAAGGCACUGUUGCCGAGACUUCACCAAUCAUUCCCAUCUCUGCCCAACUCAAGUAUAACAUCGAUGCUGUCAAUGAAUACAUUGUCAAGCGGAUUCCGAUUCCUGUUCGCGACUUCACUUCUGAUCCACGCCUCAUCGUCAUCCGUUCCUUCGACGUGAACAAACCAGGUGCCGAAGUCAAGGACCUAAAGGGCGGUGUCGCUGGUGGAUCCAUUCUUACUGGGGUUCUCUAUCUGGGUCUGGAAGUCGAGAUCCGCCCGGGGAUCGUGACGAAAGACAGCGCCGGUCGCAAUCGGUGCAAGCCCAUCUUCAGUCGCAUUGUCUCGUUGCACGCAGAGAGCAACCACUUAGACUUCGCGGUCCCCGGAGGAUUGAUCGGUGUUGGUACGAAGAUUGAUCCCACGCUCUGUCGUGCGGAUCGGCUAGUGGGGCAGGUGUUAGGCGCUGUUGGAAAGUUGCCACAGAUUUUCACUGAGCUGGAAAUUAAUUUGUUCCUGCUGCGUCGGCUGCUCGGUGUCAAGACAGAGGACAAGAAACAAACCAAGGUUACGAAGCUCGUCAAGAACGAGCUGCUCUUGAUCAACAUCGGCUCCACGUCUAUUGGUGGUCGUGUCCUCAGUGUGAAGGCUGACCUGGCGAAGAUCCAGUUGACUUCGCCUGCAUGUACGGAGGUGGGAGAGAAAGUUGCUUUGUCGCGUCGUAUUGAAAAACAUUGGCGGCUUGUUGGUUGGGGAAGUGUGCAGCGCGGGACUGUAUUAGAAGUAGACUAA